CGUAAAUAUCGUUGAGGUGGAAGCGCUAUUGAAAAAUUGGUCUUAUACGAAGGGGUUUCUAAUCAAUUUACAAUUUGUUUCUCUGGAGAAUCGAUAACGCGUAGGAAGCUACUGCUGUCAAUCGUAUAUUUUCCAGAAAAUGUGCCAUAGGUCUUUGUAGACGUCUUCAUUCACGAAAACUCUACAAGGCUAACAACAUGAGCAAGAUUUCGCGUUAUCCUUCGGAUGGCAAGGUUUAUGUGGGAGAUUUAGGGAGUAGUGCUAGUAAACAACAAUUGGAGGAUGCAUUUUCCUACUAUGGACCCUUGCGUAAUGUCUGGGUUGCCAGAAAUCCUCCUGGAUUUGCUUUUGUCGAAUUUGAAGAUCCUAGAGAUGCGGAGGAUGCUGUAAGAGGACUGGAUGGUCGUAUUCUAUGUGGAAGACGUGUUCGCGUGGAAUUGUCAAAUGGAAAGAAAUUAAGAGACAGGGGCUUUUCUAGAAGAGGCAUUGGGAGACCUUUUCAUCCAGAAGAUAAAUGUUAUGAAUGUGGUGAAAAGGGUCAUUAUGCAAGAGAUUGUCAUCGUCAUAGAAGUUCUCGUAGAAGAAGGUGGUCCCGUUCGCGAUCAAAAUCCAAAUCAAAAUCACGAUCGCGAUCACGGUCGCGAUCGCGUUCACGUUCCCGCUCAAGAUCUCGCAGUAAUCGUUCGCGUUCUCGCUCAUCACGACGCAGCCCAUCCCAUAGCAGGAGCGUUUGUGCCAAGGAUAAAUAUCGCAAGAAGCGGAAGUCCGUUUCCAAAGAUCGAAGCAGGUCGAAAUCUCGAUCGGGUUCCAGAUCGCGAAGCAGAUAAAUGUGGAUAUGGAUUUAAUUUGAUGUUUAUCGGAUUUCUUUGACUUAAUUAGAAAACUACAAUCUUUUCAAUAGUUCAACUAAUUACAGAUUAAUCUAUUAUUUAGCAUAUUGUAUAAGCUCACAUGUCUUUGUAACAUGAAUAUCAUAACUUCAUAUAAAUGAAGGAUUAUUAUUCUAUAUAGAAAAGAAAUACUGUUGCAGUAACAUAUAUUGUUAUUUUACCGGCUACGCGGUUUUCUCAAAUCCGUCAUGUUCAUCGCUCGCAUUUAAGUUAUUGUAAAACGAUGUUCAAUAAAACGAUAGCUUUUUAGACGCAUUCGAUGCAUUUGUAUUGGAUUGUACCAUAUAUACAUUCAAUCAAUGUUUGUCUUACCAAAAUCCCAA